CGAGAUUGCUGUGCGAGGCUGGCCGUGGCGUGAUCCACUUAGCCGGGAGCUCCAGCCCGCUUCCAGCGCCUCUCCUGGCCCUCUCCACACCUGUUCCUGCGCCCAGCCCGGCUGUCUCCCGAGGGAUGGCUCCCAGAACCAGACACAACUAGUGGAUUGCGCCAGCUCCGCCUGAGCCAUUCAUUGAGAGUUCAGUCUUUUACUAGAGCCCAAGUCCCUCACCUUCUCCAGCUCCGAGCUGCGGGCAACGCCAUGGAGAAGAGCAGUGAAACCAACGGCUACCUAGACAGCGCCCAGGCUGGGCCUGCAGCGGGGCCUGGAGCGCCCCGGCCCACCGCAGGACGCGCGCGGCGCUGCCUCGGCUUUCUCCGGCACCACGCGCUGGUGCUGCUCACCGUGUCUGGGGUGGUGGCGGGCGCCGGCCUCGGCGCGGCGCUGCGCGGGCUGGGGCUUAGCCGCACGCAGGUCACCUAUCUGGCCUUCCCCGGGGAGAUGCUGCUCCGCAUGCUGCGCAUGAUCAUCCUGCCCCUGGUGGUCUGCAGUCUGGUGUCGGGCGCCGCCUCUCUGGACGCCAGCUCUCUUGGGCGCCUGGGCGGCAUCGCCAUCGCCUACUUCGGCCUCACCACUCUCGGUGCCUCUGCGCUCGCCGUCGCUUUGGCGUUCAUCAUCAAGCCUGGGUCUGGCGCGGAGACCCUUAAGUCCAGCGACCUUGGGCUGGAGGAUUCGGGCUCCCCUCCGGUCCCCAAAGAGACAGUGGAUUCCUUCCUCGACCUGGCCAGAAACCUGUUUCCCUCAAAUCUUGUGGUUGCAACUUUUAAAACGUAUGCAACUGAUUAUAGAAUGGACCCCCACAACAUGAGCAAUGGAAACAUAACCCUUGAAAAGAUCCCAUUUGGCACCGAAAUCGAAGGGAUGAACAUUCUGGGAUUGGUCCUUUUUGCCCUCGUGUUAGGAGUGGCCCUAAAGAAACUAGGCUCUGAAGGAGAAGAGCUCAUCCGUUUCUUCAAUGCCUUCAACGAGGCAACGAUGGUGCUGGUGUCAUGGAUUAUGUGGUAUGUUCCUGUGGGCAUCAUGUUCCUGGUUGGAAGCAAGAUUGUGGAAAUGAAGGACAUCGUCGUGCUGGUGACCAGCCUUGGGAAAUAUAUCUUGACGUCUAUGUUGGGCCAUUUUAUUCAUGGAGGAAUUGUUCUGCCGCUUAUUUACUUUGUUUUCACACGAAAAAACCCGUUCAAGUUCCUCCUGGGCCUCCUCACACCAUUUGCAACAGCAUUUGCCACCUGCUCCAGCUCAGCAACCCUUCCCUCCAUGAUGAAGUGUAUCGAAGAGAACAACGGCGUGGACAAGCGGAUCAGCAGGUUCAUUCUCCCCAUCGGGGCCACCGUGAACAUGGACGGCGCGGCCAUCUUCCAGUGCGUGGCCACCGUGUUCAUCGCCCAGCUUAACAACAUCGAGCUGAAGGCAGGGCAGAUCUUCACGAUUCUAGUGACAGCCACGGCGUCCAGUGUUGGAGCGGCAGGCGUGCCGGCCGGAGGGGUCCUCACCAUCGCCAUUAUCCUGGAGGCCAUUGGGCUGCCCACUCGUGAUCUCUCUCUGAUCCUGGCUGUGGACUGGAUUGUGGACCGGACCACCACCGUGGUGAAUGUGGAGGGGGACGCCCUGGGUGCGGGCAUUCUCCACCACCUGAAUCAGAAAGCGAUGAAGAAAGGGGCGCAGGAACUGAGCGAGGUGAAAGUGGAAGCCAUCCCCAACUGCAAGUCAGAGGAGGAGACGUCACCGCUGGUAACACACCAGAACCUGGCGGGCGGCCCUGCUGCCAGCGCCGUGGAACUGGAAUCCAAGGAGUCGGUUCUGUGAUGGGGCUGGGCUUCCAGCUUGCCUGCCAUCGGUCGUGCCCACCCUGUCAGUCCAGCCACCGGACACUGGGCGCCGCCCACCGCCCUCACCGACUUUAGCCUCCGGGCAAUGCGUUGGCCCAAUCACCGGUUUGAGGAUCACUUCUCAGCACAGGCAGUGGGCUUCCCAGCCAGAACUGGUUCCUGGGGACUAGGACACUGACAUUCAGCUUGAUCCCCGGCUAGAUGCAACCAUGUGCGCGCACCAGGGUCCGUCUGAAACACGCCAUCGAGCUGCCAGGCUCGGGGAAACAACAGGCUCCGUCAAAGCUUGGGAACAUGCAGAUGUGCCCCUCACUGCACCCAGUCACUGCGGUGGGUGCUUUCCAGGCAAACUUAGGGGGUUUGCAGUCAUCGGUCACAUUGCCUUGCGAGCCUUAGUGAUUGGAAAAUUCCCAAAUUCUUCGCCUUGAGUGGAAUUCGCUGAGCUGGGACUCCGGGUGUUAGAGUUUGUGCUUACAAUUAGGUGCAGCUGGCUUCUGGUUCAAGGGUGGUUGGUGGACUGGCGGUGCUGCACAUUGUCAAGUUAGAAAUACUCCAGAUGGUGGUAGGGCUGCUGGCUUCUCUGGUCAGAGGCAUUGAGUAAACUGUAAGUGCUGAGAUCAAAGAAAGGAGCAGGAAUGCAGCGUGCAGGGGAAAGGGAAGCAUCUUAACCAGACAGGAUGCACACACACACACACACACACAUUCUCAUUCUCCUCCCAGCCCUGGGGAAGUUUGCAGCUUCGUGACCUGGGCCUCUGACGACACUAUAGCUUCCUCGCCAUCCACUCUGCUGCAGGAUCCUGGUUGGUUUCUCAAUCUACUAUUUUUUGUUGUUGUUAAUCCUCCUGAGGGUCUAUCCCCCUCCUCCCCCCACCCACCCCACUGAUUUUUUAGAGAGAGUGGAAGGGAGGGGGGGAGACAGAGACACAUCAAUUGGUUGCCUCCCACACACACCCCAACCAGGGCCAGGGAUCAAGCCUGCAACUGAGGUACGUGCCCUUGACCGGAAUCAAACCCGGGCCCUUUCGGUCUAUGGGCUGACAUUCUUACCACUGAGCCCAAACGGCCAGAGAUUUAUUUUUAUUUUUAUUUUUUUACCUAAGUGAUACCUCUCUCCAAAGCCCUUGGUCUCCUGGUGAAGACACCGUUUCUGAGCGGGGCUUUGCUUUCGGUGCAUUAGCCACUUCCUCACGCCCUCGUUCUCUGUGUACCUCCUCCUCCGCAUCAGAGGCAGCCUCUCCUAGGUCCUCCAAGAUGUCAUGAACUAGCCAUCGCCCCUGCCAUUGCAUUUCCAGGUACCGGCUUCCCUGUGACUGCCAGGCCCAGGCACCGUUUCUGCCACCCCUCCGCAGGCCGUCAGAGCUCCCAGACUUUCCCCCUCAGCCAUUCCCUUGCUUUCCCUGUUGCUGUGGUUUCGCUGUCACCCAGGCCCUGCAGAAGGGAAACACACCUUUGCGAUGUGUGUUCCAUUGCGAUGAGUCUGGGUGGAUGGGACAGAGAUGGCCAAACUCCUGUUAUAAAAUCAGAGGCCUGAGCCUAAGCCAAAGGGGUGAGGAGGAGCCAUGAGGCACAGAGCUGACCCAGCUCCCCGAAACCUUUAAACCAGUGAAGCCACGCCCCUUUCCUGUGACGCCUGGAGUGACCAGGAACUGAGCUGAGGUGUCUCAAAACCUUUACCCCCUGGCUAGAGCUUGCUGAUACCCUUCUGUUUUCAGAGGGGGAGACAAUCACAUGGAUUACAAACUGCAAAUGGACAUUCGCGGCUUCUAAGGCUUUCGCAUAUUUCGUCUUUCCCUCUUCCACAGAUUUAUGGCUGUAUGUGCACACACAUAUGUAUGUGUGGGUGUGUGGGUGUGUGUUGUUUGAGUUCCAAUCCAAGCAAGUUUGAGUUUGGAUAGAGGUGACCUAACUGCAAGUUGAAUGGCUCUGGCAUCCUGACUUUCCUGUUUCUAACGGUGAAUUUCACAAAACAAGGACAUUAGAGCUGCGCAGUGAGACCCGGUGACUGCACGUUGUCUGUGCUGUGCCUGGAAGCGCAGCACAGACAGCGCGAGCUCGGCCUGAAGCAGGGUUCUUCCCGGCGGUGAUCACCCCCUCCCCUGGGAGGGAGUAGGUGCUGUUUUUCUGUCUGUUUCUCCAUGGACAAGAGCAAUCAGACCAGGAGUGACCUGGCUGGGAAAAGUCCCACUUUCUCAUUGUCUGAAGAUGUCUCCCUCACGAUUCUCUUGUAACUCGUCGUAAAUACUGUUCCGGUACCGUUCAUCUCUGUUUUGUAUGUGUGACAUUUGCCUUAAACAUAGCAGUCUUCAACAAUGAAUACAGUGUUUCUAUGAGGA